GGAAAUGAAAUCCACUCAAAAUACUUAAAUUUUUUAAUACCCCACUUCAAUCCCUUUUUAAUACCCCACUUCAAUCCCCUUCAUUCUCUUCUUCCCUUCUCUGUACAAACCCUAAUCACGAUACCAUCACUUCUAUACACCUCGACAACUCAUAUAAUCGCCGUGAGAGCGUGAAAAUGGCCGAAGUGAUUUCUCCGAUGGACAUAGAUUAAGUCAAUCCGUCUCAAGGACCUAACGGCAACAAGGGAAACUCUGUAGUCACUUCCGGCGGCGCCCCACCAGCCCACAACAAAGCCACUCCCUGGGUCGAGAAGUUUCGGCCUCAAUCUCUCGCCGACGUCGCCGCUCAUCGUGACAUAGUCGAUACCAUUGAUAGGCUUACAAGUGAGAAAAAAUGCCUCAUUUGUUACUGUAUGGACCACCGGGCAUCGGCAAGACAUCGACGAUUCUUGCGGUAGCUAGAAAGCUUUUCGGGACGCAAAUGCACAAUAUGGUUUUGGAGCUCAACGCUUCAGAUGAACGUGGAAUUGAUGUGUUGAGGCAGCAGAUACAGGACGUGUUUGAACAUUUACCUAUUCAAAAGAAAGGGGAUUCGAGAUUCUGGAGAUUGUGUGUUAAUGCGGCCAUCUGAUUCUGAUAAGCCUCCAUACGUUGCUCGAGUUGAAAAGCUUGAAGCGGAUCAUAGAAACAGUGUGAAGGUUCGUGUUAGGUGGUAUUAUUGUCCUGAUCAUUAUGAUAUGCAGAGUGCACAUACAAUUCAAGGGAAAUGUAUAGUUCACUCUUUCAAGAACUACACGAAACUUGAUAAUGUCGGCACUGAAGACUACUUUUGUGGCUUCGAGUACAAGGCUACUACCGGUGGUUCCACCCCUGAUCGUGUUGCAGUGUACUGCAAAUGUGAAAUGCCCUACAACCCUGAUGACUUGAUGGUUCAAUGUGAAGGAUGCAAGGACUGGUUUCAUCCUUCUUGCAUGGGUAUGACAAUUGAAGAGGCAAAAAAAUUGGACCAGUUUUUUUUGCUCAGAUUGUUCCUCUGAUGAUGAUGCAAAAAGACCAUCGAAUCCUUUCCCAGUUUCCACAUCUUCAGAUGUCAAGAGGGAGGGGAGUAUGGCAAUGCUUGUAUGAUCCAAGCUCUUCUCUUCUUGUUACAGCAGGAUUUGAUUCUGCCAUAAAAGUGCAUAAGCUGUAUUAUUUUUUGCCCAUUGGAUCGGAAUCAGAGAGAUGCAGUGGUCUGGAAGAGUGUGAAGAAAACAAAUGUUUACUAUCCAAAUUACAAAUUCAAAGCGUACUGCACUAAUGGACAGAAAAGCUUCCACUAUGUAUUAUAGAAUCCAAGCGGGAUCACCUCUAUCAGUUUUGGAAAUCCUACAUUAGGAAGCCUAUGUUGCUAGUGGGACCGAGUCUUGGAGCAGCAGUUGACUUUGUAGUCAACCAUCCAGAAGCUGUUGAUAAGCUGAUUUUGUCACCAAGGAAGCUUGGUUUUGCUUGGAGAUGAAGUUUAUCAAGAUGAACGCCCAUUUAUAAGUUCUAGAAAGGUAUUGUUUGACAUGGGUGAAGCAAUUAGCAAGGAGCUAGAGCUUAUUUCUUUCCACACUGUUUCCAAAGCAUUCUUAGGUGAAUGUGGACAACGUGGUGGAUACUUUGAGAUGACAAACAUCCCUCCCCAGGUUUAUAUCUUUUAAACACAGUUGAUGAAAUAUACAGGUUGCAUUGAUUUCACUCAGUCCCAAUGUUCCUAGGCAGAUAUUUGACAAUGGUGAGCCCCCCAAAGCCUGGUGAUAUCUCGUAUGAGCAGUUUCUUAGAGAGAGCUAUUCAUUGCAGGAUGAUCAAAAUGUUGAAGGAUUGAAAAUUGCAACAGGACAUGUGGCAGCAAAUACUAUAAGACUGUUAAUUUAUGGGUGCCAAGCUGGCGGGUUAAUUGGGGUAUCUGGUCAAAACAUUGGUCAACUAAGAAAGUCCUUUGGUGUAACUUAAUGAGGAAGACAACCAACAGAGUUAAUUCGUCUAGAAUCUAACACAGCUGGAAGAAGGCCGUGGAUACUUUCAUUUGGUCUUGGUUGUACAAAUAGCUUACAUAGUUAGGGAAAACCUCUUAAUAGCAAUGUACAAUUAGAUCCCUUUAAUACCAACGUAUUACAAUGUAUUUUAUUUUUGUAUGACAUUAACUUUUGUGCAAUGUGUUUUAUUUUUUGUA